AUGGGCUUAGACCAAAUUUCUGUCAGAAUUUUGAAAAUUUGUAUGAACGAGAUUGCAGACUCCCUAUUAGAGAACGAGAUUGCAGACUCCCUAUUAAAUCUACUGAUCAACAAAAGUAUAGAAACUUUCACCUUUCCUGAAUUGUGGAAGAUUGCACGUGUCAACCCAAUCAGCCUACAAAUCUGGGUUAAAAACAUCCGAGGAGAAUUAUCGACCGAUCUCAAUCCUUCGAAUUAUUUCCAAAAUAUGUUAAAGACACAUUCAUUUGAAUUUAAUGUCGUGGUUGCGACAACAUCAUCUUUUACUGAACGACCAGUCAGCAUUUAUAAAAAAUCAUUCUUGUGUGACCUAAAAAGCUCAAGAUGUUUGCGGACGACUCAACCUUACUAG